GCGAUUCCAGCCACCGACUGCGGCGUCUGCCAGCCCGCCCAGCGUGGCACGUGAAUCCGGCGUCGCCCGGUCGUCGCCGCUCCGUCGGAACUUCUUCAAGCGCAGUGUUCUCUCUCUCCAUUCAGAGAGUUUGGGCCCCAGAGACAGCGACACAGAGGCCAGUUAGUGGCGAGCACCGACAUGACAGUGGGCAGCAUCGUGCAGAUGUUCGAGAGCUUGGCGGCUUCCGCGGGUGCGGAGCCGUCCGCCCAGCCGCUCGACUCCCCGGGACGAGGUAAUGUCUACGGCUUGGUGACGUACUACGACGCGCUGGCGGUGGUCGAGGAGCCCCGCGUGAUUCUUCCGACCAAGACCGUGCGCCUCGUGAGGGAACAGCCUGCGACCGAGGACGCAGACGAGCAGGGGGAGCAGGGCGAACAGGAACAGAUGGAGGAGGAGGACGAGGAGGAGGAGCAGCCCGCUCGGAACUGCUCGCUGCUUAUGAGCAAGAUUCCGCCGCCCAAAUCGCGCGAGUUCCACCUGGCGGCCUGCUCGGUGCGCAAGCCCUCCUCGGAGGGCGCCCCGCGUAGCCGCACGUCUUCCUCUUGCUCCAAUGACGCAAGCCAGCCGCUGUACGUGCCCCCGCCGACACCUGUCUCCCUUCGUGUGCGCGCCCCGUGCACGAGCUACGCCGCCUUCGUGUCGAGGAUCGAGAACUCGUCGUCUCGGUUGCUGGACUUUGAGAAGGACGAGCGGUGGCUGGAGCAGGUCGAGAACAUGAAAGGCCGUGUCGAGGCGCUCAAGAGGAGGAACCACCUCGCUCUAGCAAGGGAGGUGGCCAGCACCCCGCGCAAGUGCAGGAGCAUGAGCGAGUGCAGUGGCGUGUCAACGGCGUCCACAGCGUCAAUGUCGUCUAUGGAUACGCCCGAGGUCAACUGCCAGUAAGCCGCGCCGGACGGAGGCCCCGCCUCCUUUGAGCACACCUAACUUAUUAUCUAAUGUUAAGCUGCGCAAGCAAAU